CCGGGGCUCUUGGCCACACGCAAUACUAAAUCAGUGUUAAUAUUACUGUUGUUAUUAUACCAUAAAAAAAUAAAAAUCUCAAACACUUGGGAAAAUAACAAGUCAUUAAAAUUGACAUUUCGCGAAAAGUUUCAAGCACACGAGGUAUACUAAACACCCCCUCCGUCUUUUUCAUAUUAAAUUUUAAGUGAUUAAUGAAUAAUUGAGUGCACAAGAAGAGACAUUGCACGUAAAAUUCCAAAACAAUUCACAGAAAGAGUUAUUGAUUUUGAUAAAAAAAAAUACGGAUAUGAGAACUCCAGCAUUGAUAUUGGCCUCUUCGGCGACUCCUGCGGCACAGCCCAAGAAGUCCCAGAAGGUGAAGAAGCCGAGAGCGAAAUCGACGCACCCAAGAACAGCUGACAUGGUGAACGGUGCGAUAAAGGGUUUGAGGGAAAAGGGGGGUUCCUCCCUGCAUGCGAUAAAAAAGUAUAUUUCGAGUGUUUACAAGAUCAACGCUGAAGGGCAUGCGCCGUUCAUCAAGAGGUACCUGAAGACAGCGGUGGCCGGAGGUAGUCUGGUGCAGACGAAGGGAAAGGGCGCCGCUGGGUCCUUCAAGCUUCCGGCGUCGGAGGGCCCCAAGGGGAAGAAAGCGUCACCGAUGGUGCAGAAGGUAGUGAAGGCUGUUUCAAGUCCUAAGAAGACCGCGGUGAAGAAAUCCUCGAAGAAAACGGCCGUGAAGACUGCGACUCCGAUGAAGGCUGCGGUUAAGAAGGUGAAGAAAGGACCUGCGGCCAAACCCCCCAAGGCCAAGACUGCCACCAAGGUCAAGGCUCCACCGAAGGUGGUGAAGAAGUCGGCGAAGCAGGGGAUGGUCACCAAGGCCAAGAGACCGGUGAAGAAGACGACUGGGAGGAAGAAGUGAGGCGCCGGAUGAUGAACAUCUGGGGCUUUUGAGUCGAGAUAAGAACUCUCGAAGGUAUCAUCGCGUCUUUUGUCGGAAGUUGAGGACUGCGGGACGCAGCACCUGGGCAUCGUCUCGCAUACGGGAUCUCAACCUUUGUUUUGACAUUGUUUGUUUGUAAUGAAGAGUUGAGAGGUUUUUUAUAUUUAUAAAUUAUCCUAGAAUAAGCUAGCCUGAUUGGAUGUUCGAUUGGUACAGAAUAAAUUUCAUUGUUUAGAAGAUGUGGGAGAUCUUUUGGGAGACGUUGAAAAUGAAAUGUUUUUGAAAAUAAAUUUCCUGAUUUGAGUUAUCUCUGGUGCUUUUGCAUCCGGAGGGCAGGAUUAUUGCAUUUAUUCUAUUUUUUAUUGGCGAACAUUUGGGACUUUUGGUUGAUGUAGGGAUUGCGAAGGCAAAACCAACGCAACAUCUCGCACGUCGGUUUUAAGAUUUUUUUUUUGUGAACAACGAAUUUUGUAGUUGAAAAAAACAUUUUUGUUUGUGGAAAUAAAUAUUGUUAUUUAAAUUA